GCCGCCUCUUAUCCCUCCCGACUCCUGCGUCGCUCGCGGUCAAAUCAAAAAAAAUGGCGCUGCUGAGCCCGCGCGUGCCGCGGCUGCCGCCCUCCACCUUCACCUUCACCUUCGCCGCCGCGGCCGGUGCCCCGUGCUUUGGCCGUGCCGCGAGGUGCCAGGCGACGGCGGCGGGCGGCGUGGCGGCCGCGGGGCCCCCGUCGUCGGAGCUGGAGGCCGUCCAGUGGGGCAGCGCCAAGCUGCAGGGCGUUCGCGACGAGAUGGAGGAUGAGAUCUUGCUCCGCCCGGGCUCCCUCCUCGACGGCUUCUCCUUCGCCGCCGUCUUGGAUGGACACGCCGGCUUCUCCGCCGUCCAGUUCCUCAGGGACGAGCUGUACAAGGAGUGCGCAGCCGCGUUGGACGGCGGCGCGGUGCUCAGCACUAAGAACCUCGACGCUAUCACGGUCUCCAUCCAGCGUGCCUUCGCCGCUGUCGACGCCAAGCUCUCCACCUGGCUCGAGCAAGCGGACAAGGACGACGACUCUGGUGCUACGGCCACUGCCAUGUUUCUCAGGAACGAUGUCCUUGUUGUCUCGCACAUUGGGGACUCUUGCUUGCAGGUGAUAUCACGCGGUGGAAGACCUGAAGCUUUGACCAGCUCUCAUCGACCAUAUGGGAACAACAAAACGUCCCUUGAAGAGGUCAAGAGGAUCAGAGCAGCAGGUGGAUGGAUUGUUGAUGGGCGCAUAUGUGGAGACAUAUCUGUAUCUCGUGCUUUUGGGGACAUAAGAUUUAAGACGCGAAAGAAUGAAAUGCUGGUGAAAGGAGUUAAAGAGGGAAGGUGGACUGAUAAGUUCAUCUCACGAAUAAAAUUUAAAGAUGAUCUAAUAAUCUCGUCACCUGAUGUAUCUCUGGUAGAGCUUGGACCAGAUGUGGAAUUUGUUCUAUUAGCAACUGAUGGUCUUUGGGAUUACAUAAAAAGCUCUGAAGCUGUAGCUUUUGUCAGAGAUCAACUACGUCAACAUGGUGAUGUCCAGUUGGCCUGUGAGGCACUUGGUCAGAAAGCUCUGGAUCAACGGUCAAAAGACAAUAUUAGCAUAGUCAUAGCUGACUUGGGGAGGACAAAUUGGAAGGCGUUGCCCGAUGAAAGACCAAACAUGUUCUUGGAACUAAGUCAAGCAGUCGCGACUGUAGGGGUUGUCUCAAUAGGAAUUUGGUUUUCGUCGUUCCUUGGAUUACAGUAGAACUAGGUCCGUUCAGAUGUGUAUAUUACUUUCUGGUUACUGAGUUACAUUUUCUGCUGGCAGCUGCAAAUAUAUGUAUAUAUUCUUAUAGGGUGAAUAAUUAAUAGGGUAAUAUGUUGGGUAAUAGUGAACGUGUGAAGUACUGAUGAAGAUCGUGUAGUUUCAGCUCCUGGUGAGUGAUGACAGCUGAGUCGCUUUGAGUCCAAUGGGACGGAGUGAAUGAUCUGUCUGGAUUUCCUUUUUCUUUGCCAUAUUGAGAAACUUCUUUUAAAGAAAGUGAUAUGAAUAUUUUCUAUGUAUAAAUAGGAGAUCUCCACUAA